AUGACCUCAAAUGCGAACACGCAUUUCAAGCCGGAGACUGUCUUCCAGUAUCAUACGCCGCAAAGUCGUAAAUCGUUAUCUGCAAAAAUGUCGAUGUCCUUUGAACCCUCAUUAUCUACAAGUGGCAUGCGCCCGCCGCUAUCGUCAGCGGACGCGCCGUCAAUGGCGGAUCAAUUGCCCAGCAUCAACUUCGGAUUCGAAGAUCUACGCUCCCGGAUGGCCCAAUUCACAGCCAAGUUCGACAGCUUCAUAGAAAGAGGGAGGAAACAAGUUCUUGAAGAGAGAAAUCAGUUCCGCGUGAACCUAGCUGAGCUACAAGAGGACCGUCGCCUAAAACAAAAAGACAUCGAAAUCCUCGACCUCAAAUCCCAAACCCACGCCCAAACAUUACAAAAGGAAGCCGCUGAAGCCGCCGAAAUGCACGAGGCGAUUGCCGCCAUCACAGCCCAGCGCGAUGCGCGACUUGCCACCCGCGACCGGUUCAAGCAGCAAAUCGACGAGACCCAGAGGACCAUCAACCAGCGCUUGGAGGCGCAGAAGGCACAUUCCAGGCAACUCGACGCCCAGGCGCGCCUGAAUACACCCGAGCUGGAGUUCUGGCAGGAUUACCUGUGCCUGCGGAUUGAAGGAGCAGGGCGUGAGGACCGGCUUCGGAUUGUCUACACACACUUAGUGGAGAAGGAUUGGGAGCGCGAGGCGUGGUUUGAGCUGGGGACGGCGAGUAGAGAUUAUGAAGUUUUCCACUGUCGGCCGAAGCUGGAGAGGGCGGCGGUGGAGCAGGAGUUAAUGGUUGUGAAUGAUGAUAGGGAUUUUGGGGCCUUUUUGAAGAGGAUGAGGAGGUUGUUUGUGGCGGCUAUGAAGUGA